CAACCACCUUACCUGCAUCUAUCUUAUUAAUAUUUGUAGUAGUGAUUACCUUGUAGUGCCCACACCUACAGAAGGGGUUUCAGAGAAAGCUCAAGGAAGAAGGUCCUGUGCCUCCAAAGAGUUUACAGUUGAGGUGAUGGCCAUGAUAGGUACAUGAGGAAGGAGCACAUCCUGGAGAAGGGAGAGGAAUGAUGUGGAAUGACAUGGGAACCAAAUUUACAAAGUACCUCAAAAACAGCUGACUUUGAACUCUACAGACAUGAGGAAGAUCAGGCUGAGAAGGACGGUUUUGUGCCCAGGAAAGUAGGUUCUGGGCCCAGGAAAGUAGGUUCUGGGGAUAUUCCAGUUCUUUGUUCAAUAUGUCAACAAACAAUAGACCCACAUCAACUUUUUUAUCAUAAGAAAGAGCACAAGGCCCUAGCUCUACUGGGUUAUCAUCGUCCAUGGAUUGAAACGGACACCAACAAACUUUUACUUCAGCGACAGAAAGUAAUUUCAAGACUGAUCAACCUUUCUAAAUACACUGAAAGAGACAAACAGAAGAUUGAUUGUUCAUUAGAGCUACUUAAGAAUAAAUCAAAGGGCACCUCAUAUUUUAAUGUUGAUAAUAUUGUUGACAGUUCUGGAUACCUCAAGAAAGUAAGCAAUUCUCUAAUAAAAGCACUAGCAAUUUGCCAAGACAAAAAUUCAACAUGGCGAGCAGAUAUGGAAGAUACAUUCAUUGUGCUAGAUAAUUUUGGAAAUAGGUCAGAUACGUGUUUUUUGGGCUUAUUUGAUGGCUAUCAUGGUGUGUUUGCUGCUGAGACAGUUUCAGCAGAGCUUCCACUUUUAUUUCUUGAUCACCUGUCUCAGACUGAUUCCUCUUACAAAGUGAGUAGAAAUGAGGAACAGAUCCUAGAUUCUUUUGUCACAGUAAUCAAGGGAAAUUACAGGGAUCAGGAAAAGGUUUUCUCUGGUAAAACAGACACUGAUAAGACAACCAAGCCAAACAUGUAUGAAUGGAUUCACAAAGCAUAUGCAAAGUCCUUUUGGAGAAUGGACAGACUUUUACGACUUGGAAGGAAUGAGGUUUCCAAAGUUCGCUGGAGUAGCUGUACAGCUGUUACCUGUUUAGUGGAAAGGAUCAGUAAUGAAAAGAGCAUCAAGGAACAAGAGGAGACAAUGCUGCUUGAAAACACCAAUAAUUCAGCAAAUCCAUCCGAAAGCAGUCCCGGGAUACUGCAUAUUGCUAACAUUGGUAAUAUACAUGCAGUCUUAUGCAAAAAUGGAAAAAGCUACUGCCUUACCCAAGAACACAGCACUUCUAAUUCAAAGGAAAGAGACCGUAUACUUCAGAAUGGUGGAAACAUCAGCACAAAUGAACCAAAAGGACUAGUUGAAGGGCUCAUCAGAGCUACUCGUGGCCUUGGACAUCAUGGAGAUCCAAAGUUGAAAAAAUCUGUUAUUCCUGUACCACAUACCAUAUCUGUCCCUACAGAUGAUUCAUGUCAAUUCCUUAUUUUAGCUUCUAAUGGGCUUUGGGAAGUUCUGGAUAAAAAUGAAGUGGUUAUAUUAACUCUAAGAAUGUUCACCUCUUAUUUGGAAAUGUAUGCCCAGCGAGAAGAGAUUUCUAUGCACAGAUAUCAGUAUUCAAUAGUUCCCUAUAAAGACUAUUUAUGUAGUUCAAUGGAUAUUAAUGACUUAGAAGACAGAAUCCAAUUAUGGUAUUUUAAUAAAGAAGCUUUCCUCCAGAAUCAACGUGAAGGCAGUCUGAAACAAAAUAAUAAUAAAUUAUGCUCAUGUAACAGAAGAGAUUCGCAAAAUGAAAACAGGAUGCAGCCAGGCUCUAACAAAGAGAGUUCUGAAGAAGUGCAGCAGUUAGAGGAUCACGUAAAACAAGCUGAUACCAAAGCUUGUCUGUCUAAUAAUCAUGGAACAUGUUCACAACACACACAGAUAAUCCAGUCAGCCUCUGGCAGUCAACAAGGUUCUAAAGAAUUGAAACAGUUUGACGAUGAUACAAAAGCAUAUCUGUCUAAUAAUCGUGGAUCACAUUCACAAAUUGCCAGCAAAGGAGAAAUAAAUUCGGCAACAUUCUAUGACAGUGCAGCACAUUACAUUACUAAACAACUUGUAAAAACUGCAUUAGCAGCAGGUUCUCGAGAUAAUAUUACUAUUUUGGUUGCACUUCUAAAUGGAUGUGAUAAGAUACCUAAUUAUAUUCAAAAUGUGUAAUGUGCUUACCGGACAGAGUACCAGAGUGUGUACAAUAUACCCUAGAUUUAGGCAAGU